AUAAAGAAGUAAAGUAAGGAAGAACAAAAACCUUUGCACACUUUGCCGUUAUCGUCAAACGGGCGUAGUGUGCACACAUUUUUUCAGGGGAGCGUCGGAAGAAGCGUUUCAACCCGGUGGCCGCUCUCAGGUUUCUCUCUGAUAGCAGAGCUGAUAGUAUCUGGAGAAUGGCGUAUGGGUACACCCUUCUACCUAAAGCCAUAUACCGAACUGAACUGAGAGCUGAUAGUAUAUAGCGGAAAAAUAAUUAUUUAAUUUAAUAACGUAAAUUGAAGUGUAUUAUUAUAGAGAUUAAUGGAAUUUGAAAACAUCAAGAGGAUAAUUAUUUGUUUUGUAUAAAGAAAGAACAAAACUUAUCCGUCUAUCUGUCAAAGAUUGUUGUAUCUUCACUUCGAUAUAUGCACGAUGUACGUGUUGACAGCUGCUUAACCUUGUGGAGACUUUCUUUUUGUUGGGUAUUAUUCACCAUUAUCAAUAGUGGACGGACAACAAGAAUAUACAACAGUGAUAAAGCUUUGCUUCAUAACACAACAGGGAAAUAUAAUGCGAGCUAUUACACUGGAAACUAGUCGGGAAUAUGGAACAUAACCUUGCGCAAACCAAUGACAGUACGUUUUGAGCUUAGUAAUAGGAUUACUAUAAGGUCGAAUAACGAGCGUUGAUUCCAACGUUGAUAAACAUGAUUAAGGCAAUUUUGGUUUUUAAUAACCAUGGGAAACCUCGCCUUUCCAAGUUUUACCAGUACUUUAAUGAGGAUAUGCAGCAACAGAUAAUAAAAGAAACGUUCCAACUUGUGUCAAAGAGAGACGAUAAUGUAUGCAAUUUCUUGGAAGGUGGUAGUUUGAUCGGUGGAUCCGACUACAAACUGAUCUACCGACACUAUGCCACACUUUACUUUGUGUUCUGUGUUGAUAGUUCAGAAUCAGAAUUAGGAAUCUUAGAUCUAAUACAAGUCUUUGUUGAAACCUUAGACAAAUGUUUUGAGAAUGUGUGCGAACUUGAUCUCAUUUUUCAUGUGGACAAAGUUCAUUAUAUACUUAAUGAAUUGGUAAUGGGUGGUAUGGUUCUCGAGACCAACAUGACUGAAAUUCUCACAAGGAUUGAAGAUCAAAAUAAAUUAGAAAAGCAAGAGGGGACUUACAAAUCCGGACGAUCUUGCUCACCCCGUCCGUUUGUCCUUCUGGGGCCCCCUCCUUAAGUAAAUCGGCAGUAGAAAAUUGGGCCACUUUGUACAAUUUCAUUUUUGCAUAUAAUGUGAUUCGCUCGUUUUUUCUUUCUUUAUUUUACAAAAAAACUCGAAAAUAUAUCAAAGUCCUUGGUAGCUUCGCAAAGCAGUAUGAGAGCGUUCGUAACACGCAUGGUGACGCAAUUAAUGUUUGUAAAUGUCCGCUCCAUUAAUGAGUGCCUUGAUAAUGUAUACGUAUCGCAAUGCUCUGUGAAAAUAAUAAAUAUCGUCAUAUUGUGUA